AACGCAUACAAAUGCAUACGUUAAGGACUUAUGAUGUUUUCCCUUACCUCCAUCACUAAGGUACUAUUCAAUUCCCUUACCUCCGUCACUAAGGUACUAUUCAAUUCCCUUACCUCCAUCACUAAGGUACUAUUCAAUUCCCUUACCUCCAUCACUACGGCACUAUUUAAUUCCCUUACCUCCACCACUAAGGCACUAUUCAAUUCCCUUACCUCCAUCACUAAGACACUAUUCAAUUCCCUUACCUCCAUCACUAAGGUACUAUUCAAUUCCCUUACCUCCACCACUAAGGUACUAUUCAAUUCCCUUACCUCCACCACUAAGGUACUAUUGAAUUCCCUUACCUCCAUCACUAAGGCACUAUUCAAUUCCCUUACCUCCACCACUAAGACACUAUUCAAUUCCCUUACCUCCAUCACUAAGGUACUAUUUAAUUCCCUUACCUCCAUCACUAAGGCACUAUUCAAUUCCCUUCCCUCCACCACUAAGACACUAUUUAAUUCCCUUACCUCCACCACUACGGCACUAUUCAAUUCCCUUACCUCCACCACUAAGGUACUAUUCAAUUCCCUUACCUCCAUCACCUCCACCACUAAGGUACUAUUCAAUUCCCUUACCUCCACCACGAAGGUACUAUUCAAUUCCCUUACCUCCACCACUACGGCACUAUUCAAUUCCCUUACCUCCACCACUAAGGUACUAUUCAAUUCCCUUACCUCCAUCACUAAGACACGAUUCAAUUCCCUUACCUCCACCACUAAGGCACUAUUCAAUUCCCUUACCUCCACCACUAAGGCACUAUUCAAUUCCCUUACCUCCACCACUAAGGCACUAUUCAAUUCCCUUACCUCCACCACUAAGGCACUAUUCAAUUCCCUUACCUCCAUCACUAAGGCACUGUUCAAUUCCCUUACCUCCACCACUAAGGCACUAUUCAAUUCCCUUACCUCCACCACUAAGGCACUAUUCAAUUCCCUUACCUCCACCACUAAGGCACUAUUCAAUUCCCUUACCUCCACCACUAAGGCACUAUUCAAUUCCCUUACCUCCACCACUACGGUACUAUUCAAUUCCCUUACCUCCACCACUAAGGCACUAUUCAAUUCCCUUACCUCCACCACUAAGGCACUAUUCAAUUCCCUUACCUCCAUCACUAAGGCACUAUUCAAUUCCCUUACCUCCAUCACUAAGGCACUAUUCAAUUCCCUUACCUCCACCACUACGGUACUUUUCAAUUCCCUUACCUCCACCACUAAGGCACUAUUCAAUUCCCUUACCUCCACCACUAAGGCACUAUUCAAUUCCCUUACCUCCACCACUAAGGCACUAUUCAAUUCCCUUACCUCCACCACUAAGGCACUAUUCAAUUCCCUUACCUCCACCACUAAGGCACUAUUCAAUUCCCUUACCUCCACCACUAAGGCACUAUUCAAUUCCCUUACCUCCAUCACUAAGGCACUAUUCAAUUCCCUUACCUCCAUCACUAAGGCACUAUUCAAUUCCCUUACCUCCAUCACUAAGGCACUAUUCAAUUCCCUUACCUCCAUCACUAAGGCACUAUUCAAUUCCCUUACCUCCAUCACUAAGGCACUAUUCAAUUCCCUUACCUCCAUCACUAAGGCACUAUUCAAUUCCCUUACCUCCAUCACUAAGGCACUAUUCAAUUCCCUUACCUCCAUCACUAAGGCACUAUUCAAUUCCCUUACCUCCAUCACUAAGGCACUAUUCAAUUCCCUUACCUCCACCACUACGGUACUUUUCAAUUCCCUUACCUCCACCACUAAGGCACUAUUCAAUUCCCUUACCUCCACCACUAAGGCACUAUUCAAUUCCCUUACCUCCACCACUAAGGCACUAUUCAAUUCCCUUACCUCCACCACUAAGGCACUAUUCAAUUCCCUUACCUCCACCACUAAGGCACUAUUCAAUUCCCUUACCUCCACCACUAAGGCACUAUUCAAUUCCCUUACCUCCAUCACUAAGGCACUAUUCAAUUCCCUUACCUCCAUCACUAAGGCACUAUUCAAUUCCCUUACCUCCAUCACUAAGGCACUAUUCAAUUCCCUUACCUCCAUCACUAAGGCACUAUUCAAUUCCCUUACCUCCAUCACUAAGGCACUAUUCAAUUCCCUUACCUCCAUCACUAAGGCACUAUUCAAUUCCCUUACCUCCAUCACUAAGGCACUAUUCAAUUCCCUUACCUCCAUCACUAAGGCACUAUUCAAUUCCCUUACCUCCAUCACUAAGGCACUGUUCAAUUCCCUUACCUCCAUCACUAAGGCACUAUUCAAUUCCCUUACCUCCACCACUAAGGCACUAUUCAAUUCCCUUACCUCCACCACUAAGGUACUAUUCAAUUCCCUUACCUCCAUCACUAAGGCACUAUUCAAUUCCCUUACCUCCACCACUAAGGCACUAUUCAAUUCCCUUACCUCCACCACUAAGGCACUAUUCAAUUCCCUUACCUCCACCACUAAGGCACUAUUCAAUUCCCUUACCUCCACCACUAAGGCACUAUUCAAUUCCCUUACCUCCACCACUAAGGUACUAUUCAAUUCCCUUACCUCCAUCACUAAGGUACUAUUCAAUUCCCUUACCUCCAUCACUAAGGCACUGUUCAAUUCCCUUACCUCCAUCACUAAGGCACUAUUCAAUUCCCUUACCUCCACCACUACGGUACUUUUCAAUUCCCUUACCUCCACCACUAAGGCACUAUUCAAUUCCCUUACCUCCACCACUAAGGCACUAUUCAAUUCCCUUACCUCCACCACUAAGGCACUAUUCAAUUCCCUUACCUCCACCACUAAGGCACUAUUCAAUUCCCUUACCUCCACCACUAAGGCACUAUUCAAUUCCCUUACCUCCACCACUAAGGCACUAUUCAAUUCCCUUACCUCCAUCACUAAGGCACUAUUCAAUUCCCUUACCUCCACCACUACGGCACUAUUCAAUUCCCUUACCUCCACCACUACGGUACUAUUCAAUUCCAUUACCUCCAUCACUAAGGCACUAUUAAAUUCCCUUACCUCCAUCACUAAGGCACUAUUCAAUUCCCUUACCUCCAUCACUAAGGCACUAUUCAAUUCCCUUACCUCCAUCACUAAGGCACUAUUCAAUUCCCUUACCUCCAUCACUAAGGCACUAUUCAAUUCCCUUACCUCCAUCACCAAGGCACUAUUCAAUUCCCUUACCUCCAUCACCUCCAUCACUAAGGCACUAUUCAAUUCCCUUACCUCCACCACUACGGCACUAUUUAAUGUUGCUUUAUUGGCAUGACAUUCAGGCAUUAUGUAUUUCCAAAGCAUCCAAAACAUUUACAAUUACAAGACAUACAAAUGGAAAGAAAAAUGAAAAACACGAAUGGGAGUGUUUGUUGUCUUCGACUAGCAGGGGGUCUCUGGACGGCUGUGUCAUUCACCUCCUACACCCGAACCCCCCCACCACGGAGUGAGGAUCA